GCGGGACAUCGAGGAAGCUUUAAAAGAUCCCCGGUGCCAGAUGUUAUCCCGAGCAACGCAAGAAAGACUGGAAGAUGAUUGGAACUAAACCAGAAGAAGCAAAUGAUGAAAUUGUGGCACUCGUGAACCAGCUGACUGCACAAUUAGAGCAAGAACCAAAAUAUCAACCAAGGAUCAGUGGUUUGAAGGCUAUUGAAUCAGCACAAGAUAAUGGAAUUCGGAUGACUGUACGUCUGAGGGAUCUUGAAGUUAAGGAUCUUCUAAGUCUGUCCCAGUUCUUUGGAUUUAGCACAGAGACAUUUGUCCUGGCUGUCUCUUUACUUGAUAGAUUCUUGGGGCUAAUGAAGGUGCAGCCAAAACACUUGUGCUGUGUUGGACUUUGCUGCAUGUACCUUGCUGUGAAGGCAACUGAAGAGGAACGCAUAAUUCCACAUGCCAGUGACCUGAUCCGAAUCAGUCAGUACAGAUUCACAGUUUCAGAUAUGACGAGGAUGGAGAAUAUUAUCCUAGAAAAGCUGCACUGGAGGGUAAAAGGUCCAACUGCUUUGAACUUUCUGCGACUAUACCACAAGCUUGUUCAGAACUGUUCUGUAUCUGAAAGAAAAGAGAUGCUGAACCUUGAUCGACUUGAAUCCCAACUCAAAGCUUGCAGUUGUCGCUUUAUCUUCUCCAAGACAAAAGGGUCGAUCUUGGCACUGUCAGUCCUUGCUUUGGAGGUCCAAACUCAAAAAUUGCUUGAUGUACUGGAGACAAUCGAGAGCCUACAGUUGCAUUCCAAAAUAAGUGAUCUUGAUUUAUUCUACUGGAGGGAACUUGUUGCAAAAUGUUUAGCAGAAUAUUCGUCAUCCACUUGCUCAAGACCAAAUAACAAAAAACUCAUGUGGAUUGUUUCAAGGCGCACAUCUAGGCAGCUUCAAAGUUUCCAUCGCGUAACUCCUCUUCCAACGAUUCCUGAAGUUACCACUAGCACUGAAUAAGAACCUUAACAUAUCACUCAACAAGAAGGAGUGACCGUUGUCACAUUAAGUGCCACAACAGUGAACUGAUUCUUUCAUCUUCAGGAGAAGUGACCUUUCAAGUUCUGCAGCUUACUGUGAAACAUUGUGUGGAAUGUGGUUCUGGAAAAUAACACUGGUUACUUUUUUCACUUUUUUUUUCCCAAUAGGAUGCCUAACUAGUUUUGCUUGGUGAUAAUCAUGUUUUGAAAGCUGAAUGUAGGGUUCAUUCAGAUCUUGACUUUGUAUCCCAUCAUCCUUAUUUCAAUCUCAUUAAUCUAAUCUGAACACAUGUGAACCUUUAACUUUUGCUCUUUUAGGUAUCCAAGUGGAAAUGUUGAAUUCAUGUGUGUGGAAAUGUAUUGAUUUUUCCCCUGAAGGAAUCUCCAUUAGUUUGAAAAUCAUUGUAAUGUGUUGACUUUAUUUCAUUCUAUCCUUUUACUGAAAGUUUGAAUUGCAGUAAGAUGCAGAUGUAUCUGUAAAUUGACUGGGAAUAGACUUAUUUGCAGUAUCUAUUAAUGCUACUUUUUAGAUUUAAUGUAUGAUAAGUCUUGAUUUGAAAGAUUUGCAGAUACAGAUUUUGCUGGUUUUAGAUGAGGAAAAUCAAUAUUUGCUCUUUAUUUCCAGUUGCACAUCACUAUCUAAGCAUUGUUAGUAAGCAGUUGAGUUGUAAGGUGUGUUCUAUAAGUUCAGGUUUUAUGCCAGGAGGUUCAUGUUUUAUUAUUCACACCUUAAGUUAUUUAGUAAUUCACUUGAACUUGAAACGGGUUAUCUUGCGCAUAUUUCGAACUGAUAAAGGAGAGUUUAAUUAGCUAAUGAUCUCAUUCAUCUGGAUGACUUGUAAUUUAGGGGAUUUACAAAUAGUUUUUUCUCAGCCGAGCUCACAUUUGAGCAUUAAUUCUCCAUUUAGUGACUUUAUAGAAGGCCUUUAUUCAAGAAAAGUAUUAGUAGGCGUCAGUAUUUUCUGUGCGUAAAACUGGUAUAUUGGCCGUGCCUCACCAGUAUUCUACACUUCACCCAGUUGUUGACUGGCCUACAUUAAGGUAUUAGAACACGGCAACCCCGAUAUUCAUUUCAGCCACUUCAAAACAUUUCUCAAAAGUUUCAGAAUUCUCUUGUAGAGAAAAAUAGGGGAAAUGGAAGUUUUUUGAUGUAACAUUCUCAAUAUGUUGAGAUAAAAAGAACAUUUUGAAUAUUGCCUGAGCGCUUAUGAAUUUGGGAAAAUUUUCUGACUACCUCUAGAGUUUAGUACUGUUUUUUCAUAGGAAUUUUGUAUUGUUAUGGGCCGCUAUUCCCUUGAUUGUUGUGUAGUAGACAGUCGCUGUGCUUUGCUUCACUUAAAAUUUAAGCAUUGCUUAGGGUUUAUUUAAACUUACAAAACAAUCCAGAGAAAAAGCUUAGUUUUAGCAAAUAUGACCUCUUGCACUGAGAUUGUUAUCUGGCAAAGAUAUUGGACUGGGGCUUUGUCACUCAUUAAUACUAUAUUUGUAAUUUCUGAUGUAUAUUAUGAAUAGAAAUUCCCUUGGUCACAAAUGUUAGUAAACUUUGGAUUUUCAGUUUGUUGGUUGUUGUAUCAAAACCAUAAAGAAGUUAUUCUAUAAAAUCAACUUGAUGUUCUUUGUUAAAAUGAAAGAGGAUUUCUGAUCAACAAGAUCAAAACUACUGAAGAAGGGUGUUAUAUCUAUUGCACGUACUGAGGGCUCCCAACUUGGGAAUUGAUACCAAAGGGCUGCAUAUUAUAAACUUAUAAUAAUGCUUAUAUACUUCAUAUCUGAAGGGUUUUCAGCAUGCCUUUUGUAUUCAGUACUUGAUGGCACUGUGUUGACUUUGCUGGAUAAUGUUUGACUCUGACUAUGUUGCCAAUGAAUUUUGGCUCUGGUGGUUUAAGUUGGUAGGUAAUCAGCAGCAACGUUUUUACUGUAAUCUGAAAAGUGUGCAACAGUCUUAAAUACAGUUGAACCACAAGAUUGGAUAUUCCCAAAUUGUGAAAUUAUGGCAGUGAAUGUAUGUGUCUAAGAGCUGCUAGAAGCAAUGAGAGGAAAGGAGUUUAGUAUCAGAUUUAGCUGCUCUUUAAACCUUAAUGUGUGCAGAGUUGACUGAGAUCAGGGGGUAGAAUCUCAGAAUUUCAGGAUCAGGGGGAAUUUCUUUAGUCAGAAGGUGAUGAACCUGGGGUAUUCCCUGCCACAGAUAGCUGUGGAGUCAAAGUCCUUGGGUAUAUUUAAAGCAAAAGUUGAUGGGUUUAGUAAGGGUGUCAAAGGUUAUGGGGGAAAAAGCAGGACAAUGAGGAUGAAAGAUAGUAAAUCAGCCUUGAUUGGAGUAGAUUUGAUGGGCCAAAUGGCCUAAUUCUGCUCUUUUUUUUGGGGGGGGGGAGAGAAAGAAAGAAAGACAUUAUAUCUGCCCAAAAUUUGUCUUUGAGCCUCAAUGACAGGUGUUUGGCUGGACAGGGCUCUGGAUGGAGAACUGGUCUGGUCAAAAAAAGCCCUGCUUUCAGCCCAGUAGCAACUUGGAGAGCCUCUGUAAGUAAGCUGUGUCCACACUGCUGGUGUGGUACUGAACCCAUUCUGCUUCAGUUUCUGCAGACUGAUUACCUUGUUCCAGUUACUGCUUCUGAUUAAGGCCAGUGAGUCUGGAAUUUAGCUGCCCGUUCUUGCAAUUAGUGCAUUCUGAUAUAGCUACAUAAUCUGUUGAUAAAUUUAGGAAGUGUUAUGCAGGAAGAACAACUGGAAACCUUUGUACUAAGUAUGUGAUUCAGAAUGUGAAUUCUUCCAGUGUCUUAUUUUGUUUCAAAGUCUUUAAACAAGUGUAUGAGGAAAACGAUGUUUGAUGUCAAACUGGUGAAAAUGUUAAUAUAUUUAAACUUUUAUCGAACAUCAUUAAGACCCUGCUGGGGAAGUGUCUUUUGUUCCUUUUUAUCGCUAUUCAUUUAAGUAACUUGUUAAUGAUGGCCUGCAACUCUGUUUUAAUUUAUUUAAACUGAACGUGUGUUUUAACCAAUGAAUUGAUCAGUGCAAUAUAAACUAGGUUACAACCUACAAGGGGAAACAAAAGUUACAAACAACUGAAUUUUUCCAUCAUUGUAUUUAAGCUUGAACAAUUUAUAUUCUAAAGAUAAAUAUCUUGUUUACAUUGUGCAUUGUGGUAAUUACCUAGCCUUUAGGGAAAGAGAUUAUUACUUUAAACCUAUUGAUACAGUAGUAAUCUAAAAUACUAUUGCUGGUAAGUAUCUCAGUGCAGUAUAUUUGUCUUUGUAUUAAUUUUUAGUUUGUCCACAAAAUUCAAUAUAAAUUCUGAAGUUUAUUCAAUAAACACUUGCA